AAUAUUUGCUGGUUUAAAAUCGAAAGUGUUAUAAAUAUAUUUAUAUAUAUUUUUUUAUGAAAUAUGGAAUACGCCCUUGAGGACCGUGAACGCGAUGCCUUCACUUCGCAAGUGGGUGAGGAGGAGGAAGACAAUGAGCGAGAAUUUCGGGUGCUCUUGAAUGAUAAUCAGAGUCUAAUGAAGCGUUUGGAAGAGUUCAAACGCGCAUGUGACGAACAUGAAAAGCAUGCACGUAAGCGUUGCAAGCGUCGCUACUACAAUCUUGGUUUGAUGGCGCGCAUCGUUAUGGAAACCACAGACGAUGAACUCAGGAGUCUGUUAAAGAACGGUGCACGCACAUUUCUCAUUGACACCGUGACUAGUAAGCGCAACGAAUUUGAACAAUUGCUCAUUCGCUCUAAAACCAUAAUUGAUAAAUUUCAAGAGGAAGAGCCCAGAAUUCGCAUACCAAUUGGGAUAGCAUUGCAGUUUCAGGGUGACUGCUGUCGUAUUGGACGUUUGCGUAACAAUUGUUCGGUGCUUUUACAUCGGGGCGAUAUCAUGACGCUAACUCUCGAUGAAGCUUACCGUUAUUCCAGCUUUCGAGAAAUUGCCUAUGUCUUAAAUUUGAAAUAUUAUUUCAAAUCAUUGAAACUUGAUGAUAUUUUGCUGCUCGGAAAUGAGGUAAAAGGCAAGAUAGUUAAAAAACUUAAAAACAAUAUAGCGCUGGUAAUUGAAGAUGCUGGCAUAAUUAAUUCGUAUGAAUAUAUCGAGCUACCAAAUCAAUGCUACUCAUUGUCCAACGAAACUUUUCCCGACUUAUUUAUGAACGACCUUCAGUUGGCCGCCCAAUCGAAAGCCGAUUUUAUCGUAUUGCCACGCAUCCGCUGUAAGCCAUUCCUUCGUACCUUGCGUAACAGUUUAAAAGACGAAUAUAAUUUAAAAUUAAUAGGCACAAUCGAUCUAGAAUUUAUCAGUUCAAAAAUGCUCGAUUUAAUGGGCAUCGUUAAAUUACUGGAUUAUGUUUGGAUACAAGACAUGUUCUGUGCCAGCACUUCCAUGCAAAAUCAUAUAAUUAACGAUUUAAUACCGUUGGCGAAAUGUCUGAAAAAGCCCAUUAUAGGAACAAUACCAUUGGAACGUUGUAGUGACUUUAAGCGAUUUGAAAAUCAUGAUUUUCUCUGGCGCAUUGAUACGAUGUUUAUACAGAAGAGUAGUUGGUGCAACAAAUACCCACUGAUUGUGAAAAAAUUGUUGCCUCUAAAGGAUUUUCACAAAGCUAUUGUAGAAAAUUCGACGGCUUUGAAAAAUAUUCUGUCCUCUUACCAAAGCAUAGUUAAUUUCAUAAUACGGACAAUCACGUCAGUGGAAUGUCAAGCGAUUGUAAUGCAUAGCAAAUGCGAAACGGCUGCUGUGGCGCUGGGGCGUGUGGAAAUUUAUUGUCCCGUCUUAAUGAUGUUGCCUUUAGAAAGUAUGGAGGAAAACGAAUUUGAAUGCAAGUUGAAAUUGGCAAAGGCACUGAACUUGCGACGGAACUUGCGUGGUAUUCUCUACACUAAAGAAAUGAACGAGACGAAUCUCAGCCCAAUUGAAUAUGGCAUCGAAUUUGGGCGCGUUAGUGGCUUAUUGGAAACCGGUGAUUUUGUAAUUACACUGGAAGUCUGCAAGGAAGAUGAAGACGACGUUCAGUAUGGUAUUAACGAGGACGUAGUUAUACUUCGAGCUUUCUAUUUGCCCCCAAUACCUAUUGGUGAAAAAUUUAAAUACAGUUAA